AGCCGACACAAUUAGAAACUGCAAAUUAAAUCGGGAAUGGGUCAUUUGGAGGUUCGGAACUGUUUGGGUUCAGAGUAUAAAGCGAGAGCAGUCUACCAAGUGGGGUCGAUUAAGUCGCGUGCCUCGAUUUAAAAAAAUGCGCGCAAAAUACGCUCGCAGAAUACAGACGACGCGCCCGCUAAAUCGCGGCGAGUGUAUUGAUGACCGUCGUGAAUUUCGCCGUAACAGUCGUCGCGGAAAACAAAAUUUAAUCAAUCACGUGGUGCACCACGUUACGUUAAACGUGACCCUGUGGCCGGAUCAUGUGCAAAUAUUAACGUUCGAGCAAAGAGUUGCGCUCUCCAACUAUACCGAUGCGAUUAUAUCCGUAGAUCGGGAACUAACGCGCCGACAAACGUAAACGAGACGGGAAAUGCGCCCCCACGAACCCCUUUAGCGAUGAAAAUAACCGCGGCAGGCGAAAAUCGACGACCCGAGAAGAGAGCCGUGCGGCAGCGGGGUUUGUCGUAAAUUCAUUCAGGUCUCACGUGUAAUCAAGCGUGUUUGUUUUAUUUGUGCGUUUCCAUCAGAGUUCCAUUUGGCCAACGUUAUAGAUGAUUCCGCGCGGAGAGAGAGAGCGCAUUGCCACUCGAAUUAAUUCGCAAACGGCAAGAUUAUCGUUUUUGUUAUCGGUGUUUCAUUUCGGAGGCGGAGGUGCGUGCGGUUCCUGUUUUUUUUUUGUUAGUUUCGCCGCGAAAAAACAAUAUAUCCGCACGAUGAACGUAAACCACUUGUAUCUGGAGGAAAACUCAAACAUUCAGAGUAUUAAAUACGAGGGAAACUUGAACUUUUCCACGGCGACUUGUAGCGAAGACGACUGGGAAUCCGGCCCGUACAAGAAAAGCAAAACGGCACGGCAAGAUCCGUUGUCUCACCGGAUCAUAGAAAAGAGACGCAGGGACCGGAUGAACAACUGCCUCGCCGAUUUGUCCCGACUGAUACCGGCGAAAUAUUUGAAAAAAGGGAGGGGCAGGGUCGAGAAAACUGAAAUCAUCGAGAUGGCGAUAAAACACAUGAAAUAUUUGCAAGGUGAACAGUCCAACGCGAUGCAGUAUUACCGUUUGGGCUACCAGGAGUGCAUGUCCGAGGCGAUCAAGUUCAUGGUGGAGGUGGAGGGCCACUUCCCCAGGGAAUCGAUAUGCGUACGUCUCCUAAAGCACCUGCAGAACCGCUGCGACCAGACGUCGGGGUCGGCGCCGGCGCCUUCGCCGCGUCACCAGCAGCGGCGCGACGAGUCGCCACUGCUCGGGUCGGGCGACGACCCGACCGUGACCGAUUACACGGUCGUCGGCGGCGUCGCGGGGGGUGGGGCGCGCGACCCGCGCAAAUCGAUGACGCAAUACGCGACGAAACUGGACGACGACGUCGGCGGCGGCGUGUCCUACAAGUACAAGACGAGCAUCAAGCUCAGGUUCAAUCAGGACUGCAAUUCGGCCGGCGUGAACGGCCGAAGAGGAUCCCUAGCGAGUUUGGAGGAGAGUCCGGAGCGCAGCUCGACGGUGAGCAGCGUCGAGUUCGGCAACGCCGCGUCCGACAGCGAGACGACGAAUACGAGGCGGCCGCGCGACGUUGCCGCGUCUCGCGCUCGCCUUCGGCCAGGAACGCCGACGCGCGUGCGCCGCACACCCGACGACAACGCGCACGUGCCGGUGUUCGUGCUGCACGCGCACGGUUCCUAUUACGUGCCGCUGACCGUCGAUUAUCGCACCCUGGUCCCGUUUUUGGGCGAUCGCGAUUUCGGCGAUUCCCCCCAAAAUGUCAUCCUGCACCCGGUGACGAUUAACGUAAAUUUUUUGGCGGACGGCCGUGGCGCAUCGGCCCAGCGGUACGACGCCGCCUGCGACUCCAACUGACCACGGAACGGUGCCGUGCUUGUGUUAUCGAAAUGACAUCUGACAGGUAGACGUAAAAAAUAAAAACGUUUAAAUUUUAUUAUAGGCGAAUUCGUUCUCGACGACGAUGGCAAUGUUGACGGUGAACUAACGCGGGCUUAAAAAAGAAUGCGGAUCGUUCGAAUUUAUUUUCCGAUGAUCUCGUCGAUCUAUCUUAUUUAUCUGAUUUACCUAUGAGUUUAUACGAUUUUUAAUAAUUGCAGACUAUUUAACAGUUCGUGAGCAUAUAUCAAAUCGAAUAUUGCUUUGUAAAUAAAAAAAAAUGAAAAUUGGAAAUGAUGCAGGGAGGGUAUUUUAAUGAAACUCAAACAAUAACCCACAAAUAUUGGUUUUUAGCGAAUUAAUUAUCAUAGUCAUGGUAGGGCUGCCUGAAUAUUAAUAUCCUACCGUUCAAGUUUGACCACAUUUAGAUGCAAACAUACAAAAACAUAUACGGAAAAUCGGUUUGUUUGGAUCCCAAACGUUCAGUUAUCACUAAUCGGUAAAAUCGUCUAUAAAGUUUUUAUUAUUUGCCGUGCGUUUUCACGGAAAACAACCCGUUAAAUUCAGCGAGGUGUCAUUUCAAUAACUGUAUGAAAGAAAAUGCAGGUCCGUGAACGGAAGCGAGUGUGGUCUGCGACCAAUGAAAAGGCUGUGACGAUCGACGAAAUUCCAGAAAAAACUCGACGCGAAUGUCAGGUUUUGUCCAUUACCUAUCGGAUUUGCCACAAUGUCGUGUUGUUUUCCAAAUAUACGUACGUAC